CUUGCAGAAGUACUGAGGAUGAGUCCCAGGAGGAUGUGUUGAUGGAUGAGGCUCCCUCAAAUCUCAGUCAGGCGCCCACCCUGCAGGCUAACCGAGAAGAUUCAAUGAACAUCUUGGACCCUGAUGAUGAAGAGCACACACAAGAGGAAGACAGCAGUGGAAGCAAUGAAGAUGACGACGACAGCCAAGACGAGGAUGAGGAAGAGGAGGAGGAUGAAGACGAUCAGGAUGAUGAGGAAGGUGAGGAAGAGGAGGGGGAUGAGGACGACGAGGAUGAGGAGGGUUCAGAAAUGGAGCUGGAUGAAGACUACCCCGACAUCGAUGAGUCGCUUGUCCGCUUCGACAGGGAGGACGACCUGAUCAUCGAGUUUGACAACAUGUUCUCCACCGCAGCGGAUAUACCCCCCGCCCCAGGUAACAUUCCAGCCACGCACCCACUCAUGGUUCGGCAUGCAGAUCACAGCGCGCUGACGCUGGGCACAGGAUCCUCCACCACCAGGCUCACGCAGGGCAUAGGGCGCAGUCAGCGGGCAAUCCGGCCAUUUGCUGCCAACACGGGCCACACCAUCCAUGUGCACUACCCUGGUAACAGGCAGCCGAACCCUCCACUUAUCCUGCAAAGGUUGCUGGGGCCCUCAGCUGCUGCAGACAUCCUCCAGCUGAGCAGCAGCCUACCACUGCAGAACCGCGGCCGCGCCCGGCUCCUGGUUGGUAACGAUGACGUGCACAUCAUCGCCCGGUCAGACGACGAUCUCCUAGACGACUUCUUCCAUGACCAGACGGCUACCACCAGCCAAGCGGGUACCCUGUCUAGCAUCCCAACUGCACUCACUCGCUGGACUGAGGAAUGUAAAGUGCUGGAUGCAGAAAGUAUGCAUGACUGUGUGGCAGUGGUCAAGCUUCCCGUCAUCCAGCACCUGGAGUCACUGCGCGACGAGGAGCUGGAGGAGCGGAGAGAGAAGCGUAGGAAGCAGCUGGCAGAGGAAGAAGCCAGGAGAGAGGAGAAGGCAAAGGAAGAGAAGGAGAACAAGGAGCAGAACGCGUCGCAGGCUGUGGGCUCCACCAGAGCUGCCAACUCGUCUGUUCAAGGUGACAAGAGUCAAACAGGUGUGAGCUCCAGUGCCUUGACUGCCACAAAUGAAGCCAUCAGCAACAUGGCCGCCUCGAUCGCUGAAGCAGCGCUGGAAGCCAUGAGGACUCAGGGCCAGUUAGCAGACUCUGAGCAGCCUGUCGUCGGUUCCACUGGGUUGGAUACACCACGGCUGGAGAACCUGCUCCCAGCAUCAGCUUCGAUGGAGGGUGCCCCUGCUGCGGAGAGCCAGCCCCUGGGCAUUCAGGAGGCACAACCGCAACCUCUGGCCCCACUCCAGCCAGGAGUCCAGGCCUCGUCACUGCAGCUGGCCUCUGCCGAGGAGGUGGUGGCACAGUCCCUGAUGCCCAUCGAGACGGUGCCUGACAGACCGAGCGGGGAGGCCGAAGCCCUGCAGAUGGAAAUGUCGCCAGCACCGACGACAGCCUCCCAGUCUCCAGAGAGAGUGGAAGCUUCGGACACCCUGGUGACAGUGGGCAGCCAGCUGGAGGGCUCCCCCAUGGACACAAGCAGCCCGGUGUCUGGCAUGUUGGAGGAGACACCGGGAGAGGGCCUCAGCGUGGGAGGCGGUGAGCAAGGGAGCAGGCCAACGACUGAAGAGGCAGGGGUGCCCCCCUCUGAGUCAGCAGGCUCCGCAGAAGGUCAAGCAGAGCCAGCCCCAGCUGGAGACCAGAG